AUGACAGAUACUUCAACCACUAUCGAAAGAAAAGAAUAUCCCUUCGAUGUCGGCAAAUUUGGACGGCCCGUAACGACGAAGAGCUCUGAAGCACAGCUUUGGUUCAAUCGUGGUCUCACCUGGGCAUACGCCUUCAACCACAAGGAAGCCUCGGUAUGCUUCGAGCAAGCUAUUGCACAUGAUGAGUCCUGCGCAAUGGCCUACUGGGGACUGGCAUAUGCCCUCGGACCUAAUUACAACCAGUCUUGGGAGUUCUUCGGUCCCGAGCUGGAAACGGUUGUGCGGCGUACCUAUGAUGCCUCGCAAAAGGCGCAGUCGCUGGUGGAGAAUGCAACCCCAGUGGAAAAGGCACUCAUCCAUGCUAUCCAACGUCUUUACCAGAGCAAUGAGCCAGCCACAAUGGAGCAAUAUAAUCUUCAAAAUCUUGCUUACGCAGCGGCCAUGGAGGCCGUUUACGCCAACCACGGGGAUGAUUUGGACGUAGCGGCCCUUUAUGCUCAAUCUUUAAUCACCCUCACACCUUGGAAACUUUGGAAUCUGGUGACUGGUGAACCAAAUCCAGGAACUCGAACCUUGGAUGCGAAGAAGGUAAUUGAGACAGCUUUCGCGCAAGAUGAUGCACGCAAACACCCGGGCUUGUUGCACAUGUAUAUCCACCUUAUUGAGAUGUCCCCUACUCCUGAAUUAGGACUUGUCCCCGCGGAUAAUCUACGUGAUUUGGUUCCGGACGCGGGACAUGUUCAUCAUAUGCCCUCUCAUCUGGAUAUCUUGGUCGGUGAUUACCGAGCCGCUGUUCUCGGCAACCAGCGAGCUACAAUAGCAGACGAGAAGUUUUUGCACCACGAAGGAGCAUUCAACUUCUAUACAAUUUAUCGAAUGCACAACUAUCAUACGCUCGCCUAUGCAGCCAUGUUCGCAGGCCAGAAACGCGUUGCCCUUGAUGCUGCGGCACGCAUGGAAGCGACUCUCCCUAAGGAGCUCCUUAUGUCGAUGGCGGAUUUCGUUGAGGUUUUCAUAUCUGUCAGGUCACAUGUCAUGGUUCGCUUUGGCAUGUGGGACGAAAUCAUUCAACUUCCUCUUCCUGAUGACCCGGAGCUAUAUUGUGUCACCACUGCAUUGGCUCUUUAUGCCAAAGGUGUUGCCUAUGCAGCCACCGGUAAUAUUGCCGAAGCAGAGCGACAUCGGGAUCUGUAUCGGGAGGCUGAGAAGCGUGUCCCAGCAACUCGUCUUGAUUUUCCGAACAAAUGUAUCGAUAUCCUCGGGGUAGCCUCACCAAUGCUAGACGGCGAGAUCGAGUACCGCCGCGGAAACUAUGACCAGGCAUUUGAGUUCCUGCGUCGCGCUCUCGAGAAGGACGAUGAGCUUGGUUAUAGUGAGCCCUGGAGUUGGAUGCAGCCGGUCCGUCAUGCCUACGCUGCCCUUCUACUGGAGCAAGGUCAUGUUGAAGAGGCGGCCAAUGUAUAUCGCGCCGAUCUAGGACUCGACGACUCUGUUAUUCGUGCGCGCCAACACCCAAACAACGUUUGGGCUUUGCAGGGAUAUCACGAGUGUUUGGUCCGUCUGGGACGCACCGCCGAAGCUCGAACUCUGCAGCCCCAGCUGAAGGUGGCUCUUGCUGUCGCAGAUGUGCCUGUAAAAUCUUCCUGCUUCUGUCGAACUAAUACUUCUCAAGCUCCAGAUGUGCUAGCACAGAGUGGCUGCACUUCGGGGGAGAAAUGCCACAUUUGA